AACGAGGAACAGAACAUCACUACCAAACAAUUCCAGCUCAGUUUUUUAUAAGAAAAAUCGACAGCUGAUCUCUCAAAAUAUUUUGUUCCCUCUCUCUCCUCGCCUUCUCUCUCUUACAUAACCAGACUUCUUCUGGAUCAUUCUGAUUCUAUCUUCAGAUUCUUUUUCCUUGUCUCUUUGUAAUUAAUCUUUAGUUGUUAUACCUUACGACGUCAUAUACGACAUGGCCGAAGAGGAACCAAAGAAGGUGACGGAGACCGUGUCGGAACCAGUUUCAUCACCGGAGGCUCCGGUGGAAAAACCUGUUGCUGAGGCAGAUGUUGCUCCACAGGAGAAGCCUGUGGCUCCACCUCCGGUUCUUCCAUCUCCUGCGCCUGCUGAGGAGAAGCUAGAGGACUCCAAGGCUCUUGUUCCCGUCGCCGCAAAAGAAGCAGAGGAAGAAAGGAAAGAAGGAUCGGUUAACCGAGAUGCUGUUCUGGCUAGAGUUGAGACAGAGAAGAGGAUGUCACUAAUCAAAGCUUGGGAAGAGGCUGAGAAAUGCAAAGUGGAGAACAAAGCUGAGAAGAAGCUUUCUUCAAUUGGAUCAUGGGAAAACAACAAGAAAGCAGCUGUGGAAGCUGAGCUCAAGAAAAUGGAGGAGCAAUUAGAGAAGAAGAAGGCAGAGUAUGUGGAGUUGAUGAAGAACAAGAUAGCUCAAAUUCACAAGCAAGCAGAAGAGAAGCGAGCGAUGAUCGAAGCUAGACGUGGAGAAGAGGUUCUCAAGGCCGAGGAAUUAGCUGCCAAGUACCGUGCAACUGGAACUACUCCGAAAAAGCUAUUUGGGUGCAUGUGAUUUACUCAUAUCCAUAAAAAAACAACGAAUGUGGUGUUGCUGUAAUGGUUUUCAUUUUUUAUUUAAUAUGGAAAAUAAACAAAAAAGGGUUCAUUUAUAUGUUUUUUUAAUUUGCUUAUUGUGGAUGUAAUUUGCAACAUAGAAAUUUAUGAUAUCAUAUAACAUCUUAUAUUAAUU